AUGUUUGAUAAAGCCUUAGCCAUUAUUCAGGCUGAAGAACUCAUGGAUACCAGUAAAGUGUGGAUGCCGAAGAAGCGACACUUCCGUGAAACAGAAGAAUGGCGCGUGAAGAAAUCUCGUGUACUCAGCAAGAUGAGAGCUCUAACACGAAUGAAUCUACUUCUGGUACUGUCAAAGAUGUCGGUAAGUGAAGCUUUGCAGUUGGGUAAUUUUUGUUGA